AUGUCAAUAUCUGCAAUUGCCUCGCUGCGGCCGGCUGGAGGCAAAUGCCUUCGCCAUGCCACGACGGGGCUGCUCUCAGUGCAGGUCAAGUCCCCAACGGCAACCGUCCACCUGCGGGCUGUUGUAGCUCUGCGCCCCGAACAGAGACGACUCCAAUCGACGACUCCGUCGCCCCGAGACAAUGCAUCGACGACUAAGAAGCCUCAAAUUACCUUUCGACAGUUUAUUGGGCGCGCUCUCGGAGUCAGUCUGCGGAAUCUCGUGGUGGCGCUGAGCCCUCAAGGCAUCCGGCGGUCGUAUCGCGAGAAUCCGGCCGUGACCACCAUGAACAUUCUUCUCUUAGUAUUCACACUCGUCUUCUCUGCGGUAGCGAUCCGAGCCUAUAUCAAUACCUUUUACAACUCGCAAUUCAGCAGAUACCCAGAGCCUGUCGCAAAUACUUUGCGCCGCGCCAUCUACUACACCAAUUACAAACCCGAUCCCGAGCUUGCUCUGAGAUAUUAUAAAAAGGCGAUGGAGCAGUGCACAGAAGUUGGGCUAGAUCCUUUCUCUGACGAGGUGCUGGGCAUCAGGAUACAAGUCGCCUUUUGGCUUGAGAAGAUUAACAGCCACAAAGCUGCCAUUGACGUGCUUGAGUCAGUUCUCGGAGACUGCAGGAAGUGGGUUGAUGUCAUGGAACAGUCUGUAAAGGACGGAAAGGUGAACGACCAGGGAAGAUAUGUUGGUGAUGCUCAACAGCAAGUCGCUGCAGCGAAACCCGCUUCUGAUGGCAAGGCUAAAGAGGAGGAGGCGGACGAAGCUGCGCCUGCAGAGCCCAUCGAGACUCUGUGGCACAAACGAGAGCGACUACUCUUGAAGGCCAUUUCCACAAGCGUUAAGCUGGGUGAAUUAUACGCAGAUGAACAUGUGCUCAAUCCGGACCAGUCUCACAACCAUCUCGUCUGGGCAGUCGAAUCUUCGCUGAAAGAAUUCCGAAGACGCAGAACCGAGGGUCCCAAACCCGGCGAAGAAAAGUGGCUCAGUCCCGAAGAACUUGGAGGAUCAAUGGAAUCGCUAGGUCGAGACUAUGAGCGCCGCUCUCAGUUCCAGCUCGCCAUCCCCUUAUUCUUCCAGGCCCUACGACUGUGCGAAAGCCCCUGCCACCGAGCAGUCAUCAUGAACAACCUGGCAGCGGCAUUUGCUCAGCAACCCCUCUACACUGCAGGCACAAUGGAGCCGUCUGAAGGUCUAAAGGAGCUAUUCAACGAUUCCAUGCCAAAGACGCGUAAGGAAUUCCUCGAGGCGGGAUUGAACUGGGCAAAGAACGCAUACCUUCACGCCAAGGAUGUCAAGGACGACGAUCGUACUCCCGAGUGCGACGAGGCAUGUGCUGUUGCGCUCUGCAACUGGGGAGACGUGGCAGCUAUGCUGGGCAAGCCGGAGCUGGCGAGGAACAAGUACAAUCAGUGCAUUGAGAUGAGCAAGAAGAUGGACUUUUCCGAGGGGGUGAAGCAGGCUCAAGAAGGCCUGUCAAAGCUUACGACUGCAUCUUUGACCAACGCUUAA